AUGUCUUCGUACGUUUCACAAUGGGAAUCCACAGACUCAGCACCCUUCACUAGAGAAGCUUUACUUGGGGUAUUGGAUGGGAAAGUCGGGUACAUCAAAGAGCCUCAUUUUGUAUCUCCCGAAGUAGUGCAGAGGAUUGAGGAGGAGUUGUCUCCAAAGCUCUCACCUUAUCAAGAUAUACCUGGACCUACUUUACAUCGUGUAGGCGUGGCGCAAUUUGAGUUUCAAGCAAUUUCGGACGACCAACUGAAGCAGAGAUCAGUUACCGGAGAUGAAAAGCUGCAAUACUUUGAGGAGGCGGACAAGCAUGCCAGGUUACACGAGGAUCUAAAGCACAAGCUUGGGCUCAAUAUCUGGCGAGCUGUGGUUGACAAAAUUGCGGCGUUGCUUCCAGAGUACGAUGUGGCUGUUGCCGAAGAGGGCGGGCGGAAAUAUUUCUCUGGCAUAUUUCGCGCGAUUAACAAUUCUACGCCUAUCCAUUGUGAUUGGUCGCCAUAUGACUCGAGAACAGAAGAUUGGAUUAUCAACCAAGUGACCAAACAAGCUGUAUUCAACAUGUACUUCACCGAUCCCAAAGGAGGUAAGACUGAAGUGCAUGACUGCCAAUGGACCGAAGAUGCGCUAGAUUGGAGAGACUUUUCGUCUUACGGCUACUCGGAAGAUUUAGUGAAAGGUCGAAAGAAGGUCAUCAUUCAGCCAAAACCUGCCGAUCUUUGUAUUUUCAACUCAAGAAACAUGCACCAAGUCUUUCCUGUAGAGCCAGAAGAAGACGGAACACAGCGACCGAGGUUGACGCUGAGUUCUUUUAUGGGCUUGAUUCCUGCGAAUGCGCCUGGAGGGCGACCAAAGUUGAUAUUGUGGUCUUAG